GCGAGUGGCUUCAACAUCGCCAAUGCGUGGUCGCGUUUUGAAUCGAAUUUAUAGAGGGAGAGAGCCAGAGUGAUCGACGGUAUCAUUGUGUUAGAAGGAGAUAGUGCCGGUGCGAAGUGACCUUGAGAGUGAAGCGACGCUCCGCUUCAAGAAUAACAACCACACCCUACAGCAAGUGUUUGAAACAAUGUUUCUGCUGCUUCUUCUAACACUGAUCGUGCUCGCCGGAUCAUGGAUUUUGGUAACGGUCUUACGCAAUCGAGCCACCGUAGCCCGAUUGCAGAAACUGUUUCCAAAGUUUGUGUGUGUUCCUUCGGUUCCCAUUCUUGGAUCAGCGUACCUCUUCAAAGACCCAACUGCUGCCGGUAUCUUCAAAACCUUCGUCGGAUUGCAUCAGGCCUACGGGCGCAAUCUGAUCACGCAGGGUCUCUUCAAUGACCCGUCGUUCCAGAUUAGCGAUCCAGCAGUCAUCGAGCAGGUGAUGCAGGCGAAAACGAUCGAGAAGACGAUCAUAUACGAUUUCAUGAUGCCUUGGCUAGGGUCGGGAUUGGUGGUAUCAACCGGUGCAAAAUGGACCCAACGUCGAAAGGUCAUUACGCCGACUUUUCAUUUCAAGAUUCUGGAGGACUUUCUCAUCAUCAUGAAUCACCAGACAGACGUGUUGAUCGAGAAGCUAAAGGCACACGUUGGUGGACCAGAUUUCGAUAUUUACGAGCACGUCACAUACUGCGCACUGGAUAUCAUUUCCGAGUCUGCCAUGGGUGUAAAGUUGAACGCGCAGCAUAAUCCACACACGGAGUAUGUCGAAGCAGUUAAAGAAAUUUCAGAUAUCAUUUUCAAGCGUCUGUUCUCUCUUGGGCGAGAGUACAAGUGGGUGUUCCGGUUCCAGAAAGCAUCGCGUCGGCAGGACGAGCUGGUGAAGGUCGUGCACGACUUUGCACACCGCGUGAUCAGCGAGCGCAAGAACCAGCUGCAAGACGAACGCGAGCGUCAACUGACGGACCAGAAGCUCGAGGAAAUAGACGUCUAUGGCAAAAGACGAAUGACGCUACUCGAUCUGCUGUUGAACGUAACUAUCGAUGGCAAACCGUUGUCUGAUAGUGACAUCCGCGAGGAGGUGGAUACGUUCAUGUUUGCUGGACACGAUACGACGACCUCGUGCAUCAGCUUCGCUUGCUACCAUCUCUCCCGUAAUCCAGCGAUCCAGCAGAAGGUGUACGAGGAAAUUCAGGAAAUAGUUGGUCCCGAUGCGGCCCGGAUCGAGCUUACCAACAGUACGCUCCAGGACUUACGCUAUCUGGAUCUGGUUAUCAAGGAGACGUUGCGCAUAAACCCAUCGGUACCGAUUUUCGGUCGCCGAUCGGCCGGUGAUAUGACCAUCGAUGGUGUCCCGGUGCCAAAGGGUAUGGAAUUUGGCGUUCUAAUCUAUGCGCUCCACAAUGAUCCGGAGUUGUAUCCGGAACCAGAGCGUUUCGAUCCGGAGAGAUUCAGUGAGGAGGCACAGGCUGCCCGCCCCCCAUACAGCUACAUCCCUUUUAGUGUUGGUGCACGUAACUGUAUCGGUCAGCGGUAUGCCAUGCUCGAGAUAAAAACCAUGCUGGUGAAGGUGCUGGCCAACUUUAGACUACUACCAUGCGAGGACCAGAACCGGCUUCUUAUCAAAACCGAUAUGACGCUGAAACCGGUCAAUGGUGCGUUCGUGAAGAUUGUAAACCGUCACUAAACCGUCUAGUAGAAGUACUUAACGUUCCAAUUGUAUGAGCCAAAACCAAUCCACAUCUCUCCUAUGUCGUGUAUCUGCGGUUUCGUGGCGAUAAGGAACACUGCCUCAUGUUAGUUCUACAUACACUGUUCAAUUAAUUCAUGGUCUCUGUUAACAGUUACAUGAAUAAAUA